CGUGCACUCGCAAUAUUUCGACUUUGACUGCUCUCUUUUUUUUCUCUCUAAUUGCAAAGCUUUUGUUUUUAUUUUUCUUCUUCCCCUGAUUUUCUUGGGUAUCUGUUUGUGUGUUGUUCGAUCUGAGCUUCCUUUGGAGUUUCUUGAGUUAGUCAGCUUCAAGAUAUUUUGGUCUCUAAAUCGGGUUCUUUCUUCGCUGUUAUUAAAGAGGGUAUUGCUGCAAGAAAAAACUGUGGCGAUCUCUUGGCAAACUGAAACAGUAUGCGGUGGUUUUUGAGUCUUUCUGUUGAUGUAUAUCGUAAAGUUAUCUCCUUGAACCUCUAUUGUAGAGUUAUCCUGUAACUUGUUCCUUAAAUCAGUUACCAAACUUCAAAUUCUGCAGCUUUUAGUACAGUUAGUUUCCAUGGGAUCCACUUUCUUUAUUGUAAUUCCCUGCUAUGUCCGCCAGAUUAGCUGAAGUAGGGGAUCUUUCUUUCUGUGAAUUGCAAAACCACUCCUCUCUCUUGCUUGUGAGCAUAAAUUAGCUUUUUUGUUGCUCUUUCUAGCAUAGUUUAUUGGGUGUCUUUUUGUUUUUAGAUCUCGCUUUCAGUUGUACAAGUGAUAUUUGCCUAGUCUACGAAAAUUGUUCGCAUUCAGUUCAUUGUCCUGUGAAAGUUCAAUUCUUGCUCUUUCUUUAUCAUAUCGAACGGUUGGGAAGUAGUUAUGGUGUGCCAAGCAGCGAGCCAAACAAAUUUUCGGGCAUUGAAACACGAAAAUGGGAUUGCUGGAAGUGCCACCAUUAUAGUUAGAGUCAUAGCAUGCUUUCAACCUCUUCAAGAUUGCCAGGCUGAAUAUUUCCGUCAUUUGCUUAAACCUGUUACGUAGAUUUAGUUUUAGCCGUCCGUUUUCAAGUUAAGCUGGAGUCUUUUGUUUUUUCUAUUAUUAUUGAAAGAAACAAGUGAAUAACGGCAUUUACUACUGCAGAAAUCCUUUGGGUGAUUGUUUUGGUUGGAUGGGUGAGGACUGGGGAUCCUGUUAUCCUCGGCAACAAUUUGAUUGGCAAUCGUCCAAUUUGAAUUAUUUGGGUGCUCCCUUUAACGUUGAGCAUCAUCGAACAAUCCCUUCAGUUAUGAAUCCCGGUUCUGACAUGGUUUCUAUUAAAGGGACUUUACCUGCGUAUCCAUCCUUUGACCCUCCUUAUUCAUUUGUUGCUCAAGCAAAUGAACCUCAUGGUUGGUUUUACUGUUUGCCUCGUUUCCGCCAUGCUUUUGCACCUUCUUUAAACUCUGGUUUCAAGGAGAGGCUACCUGCGGCCGCCAAUGGCAAUAAUAAGGAGGUCUUCACACCCAAGGUAGAGUCUGGGUGUUCUCAGAAGAGAUUCCUUGUGUUUGAUCAGUCAGGUGAUCAAACAACUUUGAUAUUUAGUUCUGGGAUUGGGACUCCUGUCCCGGGCUUUACUUCUUGGGGUCGAAAACCAACUGGGGCAUGUAAUUUGAAGAGGGAAGAUCCUGGAACUAAGGAAAAUCUGAAUAUCCAUUUGAGGGCAAUUGCCCCUGACCAACUCGGUGAAAAUGAUGGUGCUGAUUUGCAAAGUGAGAUGCAUGAAGACACUGAUGAGCUGAAUGCUCUACUUUAUUCCGAUGAUGAUAGUGAUUAUACUGAAGAUGAUGAAGUUACUAGUACAGGUCAUUCGCCUAGUACAAUGACAGCUCACAAUAAUCAAGAUUGGUUUAAGGGAAGCACCGAAGAGGUAGCGAGUUCUGGUGGUUCAACUAAGAAGCGAAAAUUGUUUGAUGGAGGAUUCAGUGAUGUACCAGCUCUAAUGGAUACUGCUAAUUCAGUGAAGCCUGUCAUAAGCUUUGAGUAUGAGAAUGAUGCUGAAUCUAGAUGUGAUGAUGGUUUGUAUUGGGCAUCCAGUGAGAUGGGUUCUGAAUCUAGCAACAAGAAGAUGAGAAAAGAGAAAAUUCGAGACACCGUGAACAUUCUGCAGAACAUAAUUCCAGGUGGCAAGGGCAAGGAUGCAAUUGUGGUUCUUGACGAAGCUAUUGGUUACUUGAAAUCCUUGAAAGUCAAAGCAAAAGCAUUAGGACUUGAUGCUCCAUAAGUAGUCAAGCUGUAUCAAGCAGCAGUAGCAGUACUAGAAGUUAUCAUUCACCAGUUAAUUAGAAGAAGUUAUUGGCAUGUGGAAGAAAAAGGGAUCAGGUAAAUAUGAGAUAUGAAAUGGGAAUAAAAGUGUUUGCCUGCAGUGGAUAUAAUACAAAUCGGAAUGACGGGACAGUUGAACCUCUAUUUUGAUUAGUCUCUAGUCAAAUGAUUAAGUUUGAAAUCAGCAAGCUUGGGUUGUCAAAUAUUAUCCAUAGUCCCUGUAAAGGGGGAGUUAAAGUGCAGCAUAUUAUGCCCGAAUAAAGGAAGAAGUUGAAUCAUUAAACCGUGUCUUAGGGCCUAGAGAAAGUAGUAGCACUCACACCAGGGCGUGGGAGAAAAUUGGCUGUGUGAAUGAGAAGACUAGUAUUUUCUAAAUAAAAGGGACCCAACAGAAAGAAGGAUGAAUGCACGCUGCUUUGGUGUUUUGGGACCCAAUCUUCACUUUCUCUCAUCCUUUUUGUAUUCUUGUCAAUUUUCUUUUCUUUUCUUUUCUUUUGUGGAGCAUUAUCGGUAUCACUUUCUUGAUGUGUAACAUUGCACGAGUGAGGGCCUCCCUUCAUCUUAUAUGCAUUCAUCUUGGCAACCUCCUGCCUGGUCCUGGGGGGGCCUUUGAUUCGCCAUUCCACGAGCAAAGGCUUCCCUUUUUAAUGGGUACUGUAAUUUGAUCCUGAACGAACAUUUUCUGUUGUUUGUUUGCCUUCAUUAAGUGACUUUUGUAUUAUUUUUUGGUUGGGAUGUAAUUUGUAUUUGGGAUUGGUUUUA